CACGCAGCUGAGGCGGUGGAGGCGGUGGCGGCCAUUUUGGAGCAGGGCGCGGGGCCGGACGCAGCGGAGGGAGCGCAGAGCCCCCCCCUCGCCGCCAUGGCAGCCCCGCUCGGUACCGGCGCCUUCACGGAGGAGACCGGGCAGGAGAAACAGGACUCUCAGGAGAAGGACAAAGCCAUUUCCCCCGAGAGGGCAGAGGAGGCCAAGCUCAAGGCCAAAUAUCCCAACCUGGGCCAGAAACCUGGGGGCUCCGAUUUCCUCAUGAAGAGGCUGCAGAAAGGGCAAAAAUACUUCGAUUCUGGCGACUACAACAUGGCCAAGGCCAAGAUGAAGAACAAGCAGCUGCCAAGUGCAGGGCCUGACAAGAACCUGGUGACAGGAGACCACAUCCCCACGCCCCAGGACCUGCCCCAGAGGAAAUCCUCACUGGUCACCAGCAAGCUGGCAGGGUAGCUGCACUCCCAGCUGGGGGCUGCCCCUCUUUUUGUCUCCUUUUUUUUUUUUUUUUUGGCUAAAUGGAUUGAAUUUCACUGUACCAUAGGGAUGGGAGCACCAGAAUCCACGUAGUUGUUUGAGUUUUUCCAGCAAACACACCCCAAAGCUGACUGGGGGCAGGGUUGGGCUGGCCCUUCCUCUCAGAGAGGCUUUGCCUUAAUUUUGCUGCUCUUUGGAACCGUCCUGGCUCGCAGAGGCACUGGAACUUUGCCUCCUUCCUGGCUGGGAGAGCCCCAGAGGAGCAGAGGGGGCACCUGGAGGAGGGGAGAGGGCAGGGCUGAGGUGUGGGAAGGGAUUUCAGGGGUUGGGGUCCCAGAGACUGAGCCAGCUGGGCGGGAGAGUGAUCCCAGAUCUGGCAGGUGGGAUCCCAGAUCUGGAAAUUGUGAUCCUAGAUUUGGAAAUGUGAUCCCAGAUCUGGAAAUUGUGAUCCUAGAUUUGGAAAUGGUGAUCCCAGAUUUGGAAAUUGUGAUCCUAGAUUUGCAAAUGUGAUCCCAGAUUUGGAAAGUGUGAUCCCAGAUCUGGAAAUUGUGAUCCUAGAUUUGGAAUUGUGAUCCCAGAUCUGGAAAUUGUGAUCCUAGAUUUAGAAGGAGUGAUCCCAGACCUGGAAAGUGGGAUCCUAGGUCUGAAAAGUGGGAUCCCAAAUUUGGAAAGUGUGAUCCCAGAUCUGGAAAGUGUGAUCCCACAUCUGGAAAGUGAUCCCAGAUCUGGCAGGUGUGAUUCCAGAUUUGGAAAAUGUGAUCCCAGAUUUGGAAAAUGCGAUCCCAGAUUUGUAAAAUGUGAUCCCAGAUUUGGAAAAGGUGAUCCCAGAUUUGGAAAAUGUGAUCUCAGAUUUGGAAAUUGUGAUCCCAGACCUGGCAGUGUGAUCCCAGGUCUCACAGAUGUGAUCCCAGAUAUGGAAAGUGUGAUCCCAGAUUUGGAAAUUGUGAUCCCAGACCUGGCAGUGUGAUCCCAGGUCUCACAGAUGUGAUCCCAGCUCUGAAGGCUCGGUCAGGUGUGAGCUUUAGAGCUUCAAAGUGAAGAAAUUGGCCGAGGUGAAAAAGAAUCCGGGGGGUGUUGUUGGGCUGAGCUGUGUGCGAUCUGUCCCUGGCUCAGCUCACAAGGGAGACAACAUUUCCAGAGGGUUUGGGAGAGGGGCUGGGCAGAGUUUGAAACAUCUUUGGGUGCUUUGGGAGUAGUGCCCCACCUCAGCUGGCGGAGCUUGGCUGAAUUUGGCCAGAGGGACAAAACCAGAGGGGUUUGGAUGAAUUUGGUCAGAAGGAUAAAACCAGAGGGGCUUGGCUGAAUUUGGCCAGGGGGGCUUGGAUGAAUUUGGCCAGGGGGUUUUGGAUGAAUUUGGUCAGAAGGAUAAAACCAGAAGGGCUUGGCUGAAUUUGGUCAGAGGGACAAAACCAGAGGGGUUUGGAUGAAUUU